GGUCGGGUCCUCUCGUGCAAACAGCAUCAGGUCAGGUUUGAACCGCCACCAUGUCAAGCAAAAAAGCGAAGACCAAGACCACCAAGAAGCGCCCUCAGCGUGCAACAUCCAAUGUGUUCACCAUGUUUGACCAGUCCCAGAUCCAAGAGUUCAAAGAGGCCUUCAACAUGAUCGACCAGAACCGGGAUGGCUUCAUCGACAAGGAGGACCUGCACGACAUGCUGGCAUCUCUGGGGAAGAACCCCACCGAUGCCUACCUGGACGCCAUGAUGAACGAGGCCCCGGGCCCCAUCAAUUUCACCAUGUUCCUCACCAUGUUUGGAGAGAAGCUGAACGGCACGGACCCUGAGGACGUCAUCAGAAACGCCUUCGCUUGCUUCGACAAGGAAGCCACAGGCACCAUCCAGGAGGACUACCUGAGGGAGCUGCUGACCACCAUGGGCAACCACUUCACAGACGAGGAGGUGGAUGAGCUGUACAGGGAGGCCCCCAUUGACAAAAAGGGGAAUUUCAACUACAUUGAGUUCACACGCAUCCUCAAGCAAGGAGCCAAAGACAAAGAUGACUGAAGAGCUGUGGCCGACAGGCCUGUUGCAUUUUCUUACUCACUUCAUGUCUCAGACACUCCCCCAUAGGACCUACUAUGUGCCACUUAGUUCUUCAGAUACUCCCCACCCCCCAUAGGACCUACUGCGUGCCACUUAGUUUCACAGCUUUUCCUCUUUUUUUAAUAUAUUUAUUCCAGAACCUAUCUGUCACUUAGCAUGUGUAUAAUCAGACUGGAACGGGGACAAUGUUGUAAAUUGUACUGAAAAUGAGAUGAAAUAAAAAUCAACCA